AUGAGAUUAUCAAAAGCUGUUGCAAUUUCAAUUUUAACAUCACUUGGUGUUCAAGGUUUAAUUAUUCCUUCUGUUGGAGAAAUUAUUGACGUUUUUGGAGUUACUAAUUAUGAAAAAACUAUUGAUAACAAAUUAGAAUCUUUAAAAAAUGCUGCUCAUGAUGCUGCUGAACAUAUGGGAUUACAUUUAUCAAAAGAAACUUUAGCUCCUAUUGUUAAUAUUGAUUCAACAAGAGAUAUUAUUCCAAAUAAAUAUAUUAUUGUUUUUAAAAAGGGAACUGCUCAAAAAGAAGCUGCUUGGCAUCAAGAAUGGGUAGCUGUUACUCAUUCUGAAUCUAUUGCUGAAUUGAAAAAACAAAACAAAGAAACCCAAAAUGAAUUUUUUGCAACUAUUGAUGGCGUAAAUGUUGAAGGUGGUAUUUCAGAUAUGUUUAAUAUUGAUAAUGUCUUGGUGGGUUAUACUGGUUAUUUCCUUGAUUCUACUAUCGAAUUAAUCCGUAAAAACCCAUUGGUUGAUUUUAUUGAAAAAGAUUCAAUGGUUUACGCAAAUGAAUUUGAUGUUGAAAAAGGUGCUCCUUGGGGUUUAGCUAGAGUCUCUCACAGACAACCAUUAUCUUUAUCAUCAUUUGAUCAAUACUUAUAUGACUCUGAAGGUGGUGAUGGCGUUACUGCAUAUGUUAUUGAUACAGGUGUAAAUAUUAAACAUGAACAAUUUCAAGGUAGGGCAAAAUGGGGUAAAACUAUUCCAUCAGGUGACGAAGAUUUGGAUGGGAACGGGCACGGAUCUCACUGUUCUGGUACUAUUGGCUCGAAGGACUACGGAGUUGCUAAAAAAGUUGAAAUUGUUGCGGUUAAAGUUUUAAGAUCAAAUGGUUCUGGUACAAUGUCAGAUGUUGUUAAAGGAGUUGAAUUUGCUGCUAAAUCACAUCAAGAUGCAGCUAAAGCAGGUAAAAAGGGUUUCAAAGGUUCAACUGCUAACAUGUCCCUUGGAGGAGGAAAAUCUCCAGCAUUAGAUUUAGCAGUUAAUGCUGCCGUUAAAGCUGGUCUACAUUUUGCAGUUGCAGCAGGUAAUGAAAACCAAGAUGCUUGUAAUACUUCACCAGCAAGUGCUGAAAAUGCUAUUACUGUUGGUGCAUCAACAAUUUCUGAUGCAAGAGCUUAUUUUUCAAAUUAUGGUAAAUGUGUUGAUAUUUUUGCACCAGGUUUAAAUAUUUUAUCUACUUAUAUUGGAUCAGAUACUGCUACUGCUUAUUUAUCAGGUACUUCAAUGGCUUCACCUCAUAUUUGUGGUUUAUUAUCUUAUUAUUUAUCAUUACAACCAGGAGCAGAAUCAGAAUUUUUUGUUGCAGCAGAUGGUGUUACACCAGCUCAAUUGAAAAAGAAUUUAAUUUCUUAUGGUACUGAAGGUGUCUUAGCUGAUAUUCCAGAUGAUACUCCAAAUAUUUUAGCAUUUAAUGGUGCUGGUCACAAUUUAACUGAAUUUUGGCAUGAAAAAUAA